GGAUGACUGGAAGUGACGAAAUUUUAUAGCGACGCCUAAAUCCUUUUCCUGUCACGCCUCUGCACAGUCUUUAAGAUCUUCCCACAGUUCCAAGCAGCAGUGACAUUUCGGACAGCAAAAUGGCGGAUAAACCUGUGCCCAUUGCAGAGAGAAGACUGCUGGAUGUUAAACUGGGACAGCUACCUAAUUGGUUGGCAGGUCGUGAUUUCACACCAAAUGGCGUUAUUGGAGGAUUCCGUCAGGGUUACAAUCGAUAUUUUAACAAGUACAUCAAUGUUAAAAAGGGUGGCAUUGGUGGUUUAGCCAUGUUUUUAGCUGGCUAUGUGGUGCUCAGUUAUGUCUGGGAAUAUGAUCAUAUAAAACAUGAUCGUUCAAGGAAGUACCACUAGCUGUUUGAGACACUGCAGCUCUGACAUCUGUUUGUUAUUGUCACUGUUCCUGUAUAUAUGAAGCGGUUUAUGACCAAUAAACUCUUUUCUGCUUCAA